AUGGGCCUGAUCUGGCUUCUGCUGCUCAGCUUGCUAGAACCCGGCUGGCCCGCAACGGGGCCCGGGACGCGGCUGCGGCGCGAUGCGGGCGGCCGUGGCGGCGUCUACGAGCACCUCGGCGGGGCGCCCCGGCGCCGCAAGCUCUACUGCGCCACCAAGUAUCACCUCCAGCUACACCCGAGCGGCCGCGUGAACGGCAGCCUGGAGAACAGCGCCUACAGUAUCCUGGAGAUUACUGCAGUGGAAGUGGGCGUGGUGGCCAUCAAAGGGCUCUUCUCUGGGCGGUACCUAGCCAUGAACAAGAGAGGACGGCUGUAUGCUUCGGAACGCUACAAUGCAGAGUGCGAGUUCGUGGAGCGGAUCCAUGAGCUGGGCUACAAUACGUAUGCCUCCCGGCUGUAUCGCACAGGGCCCAGUGGGCCAGGGGCUCGGCGGCAGCCUGGUGCCCAGAGACCUUGGUAUGUGUCUGUGAAUGGCAAGGGUCGGCCACGCAGGGGCUUCAAGACCCGCCGUACACAGAAGUCCUCCCUCUUCCUGCCCCGAGUGCUGGGCCACAAGGACCAUGAGAUGGUACGACAGCUGCAGAGUGGCCAACCGAAAGUCCCAGGAGAGGGCAGUCAGCCCAGACAGCGGCGGCAGAAGAAGCAGAGCCCAGGAGACCAUGGCAAGAUGGAACCCUUGUCUCCUAGGGCCACUCCAGGCACCCAUCUGCAGACAGGUGAACUGGCUGUGGCCUGAGUGGCCACCCUGAGAACUCUCUGAGGUCAACUCCCUGCAGACACCUAGGAGUCUCUUGGAGGCCUGACCUCCCCACCCUUGUCACUGGGUUGGCUGCUUGGGGGACCAAGAACUUGCUUGUCCUUGGUGACAACUGCUGAGGGACUUCAAUCAGAGCUCAUGGAAGAUUGGAAGUUCAAGAUGUAUGUGGGAUUACAUGGGAGGGAGCUUUUAUUUCAGGGGUGACCCAAAGCUCUGGGGUGGAGCCCAGACAGUGGCAGGCAGUCCUGGCUAACAUGAGGCAGUGGACAG